AAAAAAAAAAAAAAAAAAAAUUACGAAUCAAAUUUGUCGACAAACAAUAAAAACUUGAAUUCUCCUUAAAAACAGAAGAUUGAUAAAAUAGUGCGUGAAUUAAAAGCCAACCUCACCCAUUCUAUAAAUACAGAUACUCCCCCCUCUUUUUCUCUCCAUCUCACCCUUCUCUCUUAUCAAUUCCGCCGUUUUCAAUGGCUUUACCUAAUCAGCAAACUGUUGAUUAUCCUAGCUUCAAGCUUGUCAUUGUCGGCGAUGGCGGCACUGGAAAAACUACUUUUGUUAAGAGGCAUCGUACUGGGGAGUUUGAAAAGAAAUAUGAACCAACUAUUGGUGUGGAGGUACAUCCAUUGGAUUUCACCACAAACCUUGGCAAAAUAAGAUAUUAUUGUUGGGAUACUGCUGGGCAGGAGAAAUUUGGAGGUCUUAGAGAUGGUUACUACAUUCAUGGGCAAUGUGCUAUCAUAAUGUUUGAUGUUACAGCCCGGCUGACAUACAAGAAUGUUCCCACCUGGCAUCGUGAUCUUUGCCGUGUCUGUGAAAAUAUUCCCAUUGUUCUCUGCGGAAACAAAGUUGAUGUGAAGAACAGGCAAGUGAAGGCAAAACAGGUUACAUUUCAUAGGAAGAAGAAUCUGCAGUACUAUGAGAUUUCUGCAAAGAGCAACUAUAACUAUGAGAAGCCAUUCUUGUACCUUGCGCGGAAGCUAACUGGGGACUCUAAUCUUGUCUUUAAAGAGGAGGUUGCUCUUGCCCCGCCUGAAGUAGAGAUUGACUUGAUCGUGCAACAACAGAAUGAAGCAGACCUUGCUCAAGCAGCUAUGCAGCCAUUGCCUGAUGACGAUGAUGAUACAUUUGAGUAGUGCCAGGCUCUGAGAAUCGCUGUUUAGUAGAUUUGUUCAUUUUAAUUGGGGUGUGUACCUUUUGAAGAACACCAAAUUUGGUUUAAACAUAUUCAUGUCUAUAAGUCUUACAGCUACUAGCUAGAUGUAUCCUGCUGUGACCACCUUUACCAUGGUAGGAAAUUGAUUAUGGUAUAUAGUAUGCAUGCAGAAUAUUAUUUCAUGGUUUU